AUAUGGCGGAGAUGAAAUUGGUUGUAUAUUUUGCAAAUAUAUUGUUCAUUGGUGUGUCCAUGUGGCAGUAUGCUCUGGUACGAUGGUUGUCACUGAUGGCAUGUCUUUAUCUCCUGCUCCAAUGUCCUCACUCUGCCUCCAGUGGCCACAUAUGUUCAUAGCGACACCACCAGAAAUGUAACCUCUCAGGCACUAAUUGUUGGAAUAAUACAGCGGGUAAAUGUGGGGAGAGAACACUUAAACGUUUGUCUUGUACUACACUGUGGACAUCGUGAAGGUGUUUGAACGGUCAGUUCUGAAGUGGCCCAGUUAGAUCUUUUGGUGUCAGCACAGAGCCCUUUCAAACAGCAAACAGGACAGCAACAAACCAGCCCCACCAACGUCGUUCUACUCAGAGUGGAGGGUGGAGACUGUAAAUUGCAACAUUACGCUCCGAUUUAUAUUGAUACGGACAAAUGGACCUUCUGUGUACAGUGACCUUAUUAGUUGUCUGUCUGUGCCAUGAAAAGGUCAUACCCAAUAACAAUUUACUCAUGGUGAAAGUAAAAUUGGAUUCUGUUAUGCUGAGCGUUUUCAGUGCUACACAAUCCAUUUUCUGGACAAGUGUACAUGUGCUCUUUAGGAGAGUAUGUAAAGAGCAUUAAUUUGCAGCGAUGGGAUGCAUCAGAUUCAUUCAACCACGUAAUUCAUUUAUUACUCUUCAGGGCAGGAGAUUGUUGAAAACUGUAACCGUGAACGAUCGUUAUAUUUCUUCAACCUCGCACACAAAUAUAAUGUCUACCUGCUCCCAGUUUUAAAGCUGUUGUGCUCAACACUCAAGUAGACACAAAAUGCUGGAGUAACUCAGCGGGACAGGCAGCAUCUCUGGAAAGAAGGAAUGGGUGACGUUUCGGGUCGAGACCCUUCUUCAGACUGAUCAUUUUGUGUCUGUCUUCGGUUUAAACCAGCAUCUGCCACAGUAAUGUUUAUUAUAUAUAUAUAUAUGUGUGUGUGUAUGUGAAGUGUUUGCAAUUUUGGACGUCUAACAUGGGCAGGACCUACACAGUGAAUGGUUGGGCUCUGGGGAGUGUUGUAGAGCAGAGGGAUCUAGGAGUGCAGGUGCAUGGUACAUUAAAGGUGGAGUCGCAGGUAGAUAAGGUGGUCAAAAAGGCUUUUGGUACAUUGGCCUUCAUCAGUCAGAAUAUUGAGUACAGAUCUUGGGAGGUCAUGUUGCAGUGGUGUAAGGCGUUGGUGAGUCUGCAUUUAGAGUAUUGCGUUCAGUUCUGGACACCAUGUUAUAGGAAAGACAUUGUCAAGCUGGAAAGGGUACAGAGAAGAUUUACAAGGAUAUUGCCAGGAUUAGAGCUAUAGGGAGAGGUUGAAUAGGCUGGGACUCAAUUCCCUGGAGCACAGAAGGAUGAGGGUGAUCUUAUAGAGGUGUAUAAAAUCAUGAGAGGAAUAGAUUGGGUAGAUGCACAUAGUCUCCUGCCCAGAGAAGGUGAAUCGAGGACCAGAGGACAUACAUUUAAAGUGAAGGGAAAAAGAUUUCAUGGGAAUCUGAGGGGUAACUUUUUCACACAACGGGUGGUGGGUGUAUGGAAGAAGCUGCCAGAGGAGGUAGUUGAGACAGGGACUAUCCCAACAUUUAAGAAGCAAUUAGACAGGUUCAUGGAUAGGACAGGUUUGGGGGGAUAUGCACCAAACGCAAGCAGGUGGGACUAGUGUAGUUGGGACAUGUUGGCCGUGUGGGCAAGUUGGGUCGAAGGGCCCGUUUCCACACUGUAUCACUCUAUGACUGUAUGACACACACUAAGCUUUUUUUCUCUUCCAUUAUAUUGUUUACAGUGUAGACAAUAGACAAUAGGUGCAGGAGUAGGCCCUUCGAGCCAGCACCGCCAUUCAAUGUGAUCAACGUGAUCAAUGUGCUGUGUUUACAUAUUCUGUUGUGCUGCUGCAAGUUAGAAUUGCAUUGUUCUUUCUGGGACAUAUGACAAUAAAACACUCUUGACCAUUGACCCUUGCUCCAUCCCUAUCUGACCGUGCCCACACAACCAGGGGCGAGGUGAAUGAGGGAUGCUGUCGAUUUGGAUGCCGCUGUUUCACAAGUUACCAGUGUCUGGCCAGACUGGAUUGGAAGCUAUUCUGAAACAUUAAUCUGAGGCUUUUUUGCACUGUGUCAACAUAAAUCAUUCAUGCUGUAAACUGCAGGGAGGAGGAGGAGGAGGAGGAGGAGGGGCUACAUCUGUGGGAACUUCCACUUAAGGGAUUUAGCUGGGCUUUGAUCCUGAGCAGCAGCAGCUGAUGUUACCACCGCGGCGCGCUAAGAGGUGGGCUUUCACUACGAAGAAGUCUUUCCACCUGUUAGCAGUGCCUUUGCAAUGGUGCCUGCGUUUGCAAGGAAAGACAGAGUGGAGGGAGAGGGAGAGAGAGGGGGGGAAAAAAAGGGAAACAAGUUACUGACAUGCCUGUGAGAUGAGAUGUGCCAUGUUUUGAUUUUAAUGGUGUCGGAGUGUUGACUGCGGUGCUGUCGGGAAUCAAUGUCAACAACAGAGGCAAAGCCAAAUGUUGGCGGGCUAUCAACGACGCUGCAAUGAGUUAUUUCAGUGGCCCGAUGGGAAGAGAAAGAGGAAGAACAGUCAAUCCUCCAUGAAGUCCACCAACAUGUCAGGGUACAUUCCCAGUUACCUGGAGAAGGAUGAGCCCUGCGUGGUCUGUGGUGACAAAGCAACCGGAUACCAUUACCGCUGCAUCACAUGCGAAGGCUGUAAGGGCUUCUUCAGGAGGACAAUCCAGAAAAACCUGCACCCUGCCUAUUCCUGCAAGUACGAUGGCUGCUGUGUGGUGGACAAGAUCACCAGAAACCAAUGCCAGCUCUGCCGAUUCAAGAAAUGCACCGCGGUUGGCAUGGCCAUGGACCUGGUGUUGGAUGAGGGCAAGCGCAUCGCCAAGAGGAAGCUGAUCGAAGAUAACCGGGAGAAGCGGAGGCGGGAGGAGGUGGUGAAGACCAUGCAGACCAGGCCCGAGCCCAACAGCGAGGAAUGGGAGUUGAUCCGGGUUGCCACGGAGGCCCACAUGACAACCAACGCACAAGGCAGCCACUGGAAGCAGAAACGGAAAUUUCUGCCAGAAGACAUUGGUCAGUCUCCCAUGAUGACCACAGCGGAAGGAGAUAAAGUCGACCUGGAAGCCUUCAGCCAGUUCACCAGGAUUAUCACCCCAGCCAUUACCAGAGUUGUGGAUUUUGCCAAAAAACUGCCCAUGUUCUCAGAGCUGCCAUGUGAGGACCAGAUCAUCCUUCUGAAGGGCUGCUGUAUGGAGAUAAUGUCUUUGAGAGCUGCUGUCCGAUACGAUGCGGAGAGCGAGACGCUGACGCUAAACGGGGAGAUGGCCGUCAAGAGAGAACAGCUGAAGAACGGGGGGCUUGGUGUUGUCUCCGAUGCCAUAUUUGAGCUGGGCAAAUCCUUAUCGGCCUUCAGUCUGGACGACACAGAGGUGGCUCUGCUGCAGGCCGUUUUAUUGAUGUCCUCAGAUCGAACAGGAUUGACCUGUAUAAACCGAAUAGAGAAAUGCCAAGAGGCUUACCUCCUGGCCUUUGAACAUUAUAUAAACUCUCGCAAACACAACAUUCCACAUUUCUGGCCAAAACUGCUGAUGAAAGUUACAGACCUGCGAAUGAUCGGAGCCUGUCACGCCAGCCGCUUCCUCCACAUGAAGGUUGAAUGUCCCACAGAACUCUUCCCUCCCUUGUUCUUGGAGGUAUUUGAAGAUCAGGAAGUGUAGAUUUAAGUUGAAAACUUGGAACCAGGAACAGAAAGAUAAACAAUCACCCGGCUAAUUGCCUGGCUAUUUGUCCAUUGCGAAUCACCUUGUCUGUCUCGACUUGUCGGAAACUCAAAAGAACCAUUCCAUUAAUGCGGGUACAGUUGCAAAUAUUUUGUAAGUCAACGGUUAUGUCCUUUUAUCCUUGUGCUCCGUCUUACGAAGGAAGGCCAUGCCUACUAGCUGUCCAUUGCUGCUUUACCGCUGAUUUUAUAAACAGCCAUCUCCAAAACAAAAUGGCCAAUAGUCCCAUCUGUGUUCCUCACGCGUUCAGGUCAGUACAUUUCUGGUGGUCUGACGAAGAGUGGAAGGUUGCCUCAUCGUUGUGUGUGCAAGGGAGGAGCCUGGUGGUAUCGCCAAUGUCAACCGUUUCGUUUUAAAUGACGACAGUGAAGAUGGAGGCGAAUGUCAAGGCAUGGAUAUCCCCUGCAUCGUUUCAUCCGACAGCUGGAAUUGCAAUGGUGGAAAGGAGCAUGCAGAGAUAAAAGGCUACAGUGAAAUGUUUACAGCAACGUUUGGCAAGCAGAAUCUUUGGCUGCGCUCAAGGGAUGGGAACUUUGCUCGUUCACCUACGAUCCAGAGCCAUUUUCAACAAAGAGAGCAGCUCCAACGCAAAGCCUCCCCCCUCGAUGGCCUCCCACACCGCUCCCCCUCCUGGUUCCAUCAGCACUGAAGCCUCCUCUUGUCAGGGGUGACCUCCCGUCAGCACGGAGGCCGCCCAUGGAGAGCCAAAGCUGCCAAUUGGGCUUCAUUUCUUGGCAAGGAGCGCAAUCAGGAAGGACCGCAACAGGAAGGGAGAGGGAAAGCAGAAAGGUGGCCCGCAAGAUUUCCCCGCCUCAGGAACAUCCACGGAAUGAGGUGGUCGAGAACAUUGAAGUCAAAUGUAUCAGUUAGUAAAUCCUGAAGGAGACAAAACAGGGGGCGAGAUUUGUCCUUGGUCCCCUACGCCAAGAGCUUGGCGCGGUCGUAGUUGCACAGUCUAUUCCAUCUCCAAACUUCAAUCCCGUUGCACCUGAUGGUUGGAUUGGCCUCCUUCUGUGCUGCCAAUGUCUUUGCAAUUAGAUUCCUUGAAUCUCAGCAGACGGAUGGAGUGCACAGGUGCACCGACCAAUGACAAAUUUCACCCCUCAAGUGUUAUUUGGGUUUAAUAUGUGCCUACCAGGGAAGGGGUGAGGGAGCUUAGUCCCUCCACCCUACACUUCAGCGGUUUCCUUGGUGGCCCUUUAGUUAACCCUUUAGUGGCUAUUACCAGGUGACAUUGUUUUUACCACACUCAUUCCUUUUAUACUUCUCUCUUCUUGGAAGACAAACAACCAGACAGAGCACGCCAAGUUCCCCGGCAAGCUUUGAAGGUCAUCUUUGGAAGGCUAAGUGUUAGCGUCGUCACUGCUCAGCGUUUUCUUGCUCGCUUCGAGGCGAGCAAUGUGAAAAGACGGACCUUCAACGCUUGCGCACGGACCUUGCGUGCGACGUCUGGCCUCAGUACUGAAUUUUACAGUAAUUUACAAAGGCACGACACUAAAGUUGAGCGGCCUAGAGCGCUGGGUUGUCCAAAGUUCCGCCAGUCUCCGUUAGGUGGAGGUUUUUCCACUGUCGAAAAUGCGGUGCUCUGCAUCCACUAGAUGGAGAAUACCAAGCCCCGGCUCCCGUGCCCGUCUAGUGAUGCUCAUGGCAUCCAGCAGCGAGGUGCUACAAGGCCAAAACCCCAUGUCCCGAAUGAAAGGAUAUUCAGUCUGCGGCCCCCAGUCCAGGAACCUUGUAUUUCUUAUUGCUGCUUUACCGUGCUUGAAUUUUCUGGGUGGCUUGGCAGUUUGGAAAGACUGAUUUUGACAGGCUCCAAUUUCCUGUAGGACCAAUCCUACAUUGGAACCCCAAAAAAAGUGUGCGCUGAGAUCAUGGAUUUAAAACUCCCCCCCUUGUUGACUAAAAUUCGUCAUCUCGGUCAAAACCUCCGUAAUGCAACAAGGGCCUUGUGGUGUCACCUCCGCUGGCGGCCAUUUUGUGGACUGUAGGCCUUGGACAACCCAGUGACAAUGGCUGUCUCACCUCCGCAUGGCCCGAUAGUCACAACUGUGACUAUCUGGCUCACUCCCAUGAUCGGAGUUUGCUGUCUUGCUAACUCAGGUACAUCACACCCCCUCCCUUUUCCCCCCAUUACAGCCUCCCCCACCAUACCUCAACCCUUCCCCCCCCCCCCUCCCAUACC